GGGAGGCUGAGGAUGCCUGCUUCCAUAUAAGAGCGGUUCCUGGGCUGAUCCUCGCCCACUACCCGGAGCCGGUGUGUGUCCUUUGCAUGAGGGUGACAGCAGGCGGAACGAUGCUGGAGAUCAUCAGUUUACAGGGCUUGACCCGGGAUCUGUCACUCUACCUGGAGAACCAAGUGCGAGUGGGUCUGUUCGGCUCCGGGGUGGGCUUGUCCUUGGUGCUGGGAUUUGGUGCAGCCUAUGCCUGCUACUACCUUAGUGUCAUUGCCAAGAAACCUCAGCUGGUGACGGGUGGAGAAGCAUUGUGUAGCUUCGUAAAGCAAUACUGCCCAGCUGUGACGGAAACUUACUACCCUACGCUGUGGUGCUGGGAGGGCAGGACCCAGACAUUGCUGAGACCAUUCAUCACUGUCAAACCACAAGUGCAUUACAGCAAUGAGCUUAUUAAAACAGCAGAUGGAGGGCAGAUUUCGCUGGACUGGUUUAGUAAUGAUAAUACACUUUACCCUGACGCCAGCACAAGACCUACAAUCCUUUUACUGCCUGGGCUCACGGGAACGAGCCGGGAAUCCUAUAUUCUACAUAUGAUUAAGCACAGUGAAGAGCUUGGAUACAGGUGUGUCGUUUUCAAUAAUCGAGGUGUUGCUGGCGAAGAUCUUUUGACACCAAGGACAUAUUGUGCUGCCAACACUGAGGAUUUGGAGACCGUCAUUCAGCAUGUGCACACAAUGUACCCUGAUGCUCCAAUGACGGCUGCUGGUGUUUCCAUGGGAGGAAUGCUACUGCUGAAUUACUUGGGUAAAGCUGGUCGCCAGACCCCACUCCAGGGAGCGGCUGUGUUCUCUGCUGGUUGGGAAGUCUUUGAAUCUGCAGUCAUACUUGAGAAACCGAUUAACUGGAUACUCUUUAAUUACUAUUUAACCACGUGCCUACAAGCGUCCAUUAUGAGGCAUCGCCGUGUACUGGAAAAGCAAUUUGACAUUGAUUAUAUCAUGAAGGCUAAGUCAAUUAGAGAGUUUGAUAAAAGAUUUACCUCAGUGAUGUUUGGUUACCCUUCAAAUGAUCACUAUUACAAGGAUGCCAGUCCAUGCCACAAGGUGAAAUCAAUCGAGAUACCAGUAUUGUGUCUGAAUGCUGUAGAUGAUGUCUUUUCUCCUGGUCAUGCAAUACCAGUGGAAUGUGCCAAACAAAAUCCAAACGUUGCCCUGGUGCUUACCGCCUAUGGAGGCCACAUUGGAUUCCUGGAAGGCAUUUGGCCAAGACAGCAAACUUACAUGGAUCGUAUUUUCAAGCAGUUUGUUCAAGCAAUCUUUGAGCAUGGCAAUGAAAUUUCAAGCAUGUAGCUUCUUGAGAUGAUGCAGUUUUUGUUGUCUUCUACUUGUUGUUAUACAAAGGCAGGCUCUGAAAAAAAGUAAUUACAGUUUUAUGCACAAGUUAACCCUCGAGAUGCUAAUGACUUAUGAAACUUUACCUCUAAAGAAGUACAAGGGUUAACAGCCAAUUGGAACAAGCAGGCAAGCCAGCGAACAGAAUUGAAUUCUCUCGUAUUCAAAACUAGCAAAUAUUUAAAUAUAUAAAUAUAUAUAUAUAGCAAUUAUAUAUAUAAAUUUUGUAGCAAGAAUUUGCAUACAGGAAUGUUAGCAUUUUGUAUUUACAUUUUUAAGUGUUACCAAGAAUGACCUUAAGUAUAUUUAAGCUCUGCAUAUACUGAAUUGCACUUAACCAGAAUCAUGAUGUACACAAAUACACAUUCCUCAGGGUUUUCAUAUAGACCAGUUUUUCUGCCUAGAGUUGCAAGCAUUACCAUAAUACAGUUUGAAGGAUUAUCAGAUCCUGAUUUGUGUUAACAUAAUGCAUGCUCAUGACGGCACUGUACAAAGCAAAUGUAACACAGCAUACGUGAAUGGAUAAUGUAACCUUCACAAAGGCAUACAUACUACAGAAUGAAUGAAAGCAUGGAUUGUAGCAGUAUUAGGCUGACUCUUUAUUAACUUAUUGCAUAUAGCCUGUAAGACAUGCAAUGUAUAACUUAUUUUGUGUUUUUUUUUUUUUUUGCAUAUUUAUUUUAUAAUUGGCUGAUUUCAAAUGCAUUCCAAAGUGUAUAUAUUUUAGUUUAUCUUCAAAUAAACAGUGUAAUUUUAAUCUG